GCGGCGAGGCGCGGCGGCGGCGCUCCUGGCACCAUGGCGGCGGCGGCGGCGGUGCCCGGGCGGGCGCGGCGAGGGACGCCCAUGUACUCGAAAGAGCUCACGUCAAAGAAAAGGGAUGAGUUUGAAGAUAUCUUGGAGGAAAGGCGAUUGUCCAGUGACUUGAGAUAUGCAAUGAAAUGUUAUACUCCUGUGAUCUACAAAGGACUUUCACCUUGCAAGCCAAAUGCUAUUAAAACUGCUGUUCUGCAGUCAGAGCAAGUUCAGUAUGUUAUCAAGCAGUUAGCAAAAGAGAUGGGAGAAUCACCUGAUAUUAUUCAAGAAGAAGCCACAGAAAUCCUGGAUGAGAUGGGUCACAGUAUGCAAUUAGGAGCUGUCAGAUUUUUUGCCUUUACUCUGAGCAAAAUAUUUAAACAGCUUUUCCAGAGAGUUUGUGUGAAUGAAGAAGGAAUGCAGAGACUGCAGCAUGCCAUUCAAGAGCACCCAGUUGUACUGCUGCCCAGUCACCGAAGCUACGUAGACUUUUUGAUGCUGUCUUACUUGCUAUACACGUAUGACUUGGCUUUGCCUGUCAUUGCUGCAGGAAUAGAUUUCCUAGGAAUGAAAAUAGUUGGUGAGCUGCUGCGAAGGGCAGGUGCCUUUUUCAUGCGGCGUUCCUUCGGUGGGAACAGGCUCUACUGGGCAGUUUUUGCUGAAUACGUAAAAACUAUGUUAAGGAAUGGUUAUGCCCCAAUUGAGUUUUUUCUUGAAGGGACAAGAAGCCGCACUGCCAAGACUCUGACUCCAAAGUUUGGUCUUCUCAGUAUUGUGAUGGAACCAUUUUUUAAACGUGAAGUCUUCGACACGUACCUUGUUCCCAUCAGCAUCAGCUAUGAGAGGAUAUUAGAAGAAUCUCUCUAUGCAUAUGAGCUCCUAGGAGUCCCAAAGCCCAAAGAAUCUACAUCUGGGUUGUUAAAGGCCAGAAGGAUCCUCAGUGACAAUUUUGGUACCAUACACAUCUACGUAGGCCAGCCGGUGUCACUUAGAACGUUGGCUUCUGGGAGAAUCAAUCUAUGCCCAUAUAACUUGGUUCCCAGACAUCUUCCACAAAAACCAUCUGAGGAUAUCCAAGAAUUUGUCAGUGAUGUGGCAUAUAAAAUGGAGCUCCUGCAAAUCGAAAACAUGGUUUUGAGCCCGUGGGUGCUAGUUGCUGCUGUCCUGCUCCAGAAUUUGCCAGCUAUGGAUUUUGAACUUCUAAUAGAAAAGACCCUGUGGCUGAAAGGCUUAACACAGACUUUUGGAGGUUUCAUUGAAUGGCCUGAUAAUCUUUGUGCCAAAAAAGCAGUUAUGUCUGCCCUCGCCCUGCAUUCCAACAUUGCUCGCCUCGUCAAUGGCCACGUGGUCCUCAAUGACAAAGGAGAGGAAGAUGGAGCUGCAGGGGAAAUUGUCUUUAAGCGAGCUCUGGCCAUCCUCAUGUGUGGUACCUACAGAAACCAGUUGCUGAAUGUCUUCGUGCGUCCCUCUCUGGUGGCACUUGCCUUGCAAAUGACGCGCAGCUUCAGGAAAGAGGAAGUCUACAGCUGCUUCAGCAUCUUGAGAGAUGUGUUCUCUGAUGAGUUCAUCUUCUUUCCUGGUAUUUCAUUGAAGGAUUUUGAGGAAGGAUGUUUUCUACUCACAAAAUGUGAUGCGAUUCAAACAACUCAACAGGAAAUCUACCCCACUGACAAAGGAAGUGUUAUAGUAUCUUUCUUGUCAGCUAUGUUCAGACCUUUUGUGGAAGGUUAUCAGUUAAUUUUCAGAUACCUAUCAAAGGAAACAAAAGAAGCCUUUACGGAGAAGCAAUUUGUACCUGGAGUCCGCAACUUUGUUUUUCAGCUUCUUGAAAAGGGGAACACACAGUGUUAUGAAGCGUUGUCUUCUGACAUGCAGAAAAACGCCUUAGCAGCUCUCGUGCAACUGGGUGCAGUGAAGAAGAAGAAAAUGUCCAAUGGAUUCACUUACAAUGUAAAUCAAGAGGCUGUUAAUAAAAUCCUGGACGUGUUUGAUGCCAGGAUACCUGUACAGAAGCCCGUGGCUGCAAGACUCUAAGUGGUUUUUGAUGCUGUGACUGGACGUAAGUACCUGCUGGGGGCACAGACCACCGCCGAAGCGGAACGGGGACGGCAGCAGACCAAGUUCACGUCUUGUCCGUCUGUCUGGGCGUUGUCAGCGUGCCAACCUGCGAGGCAGGAGCGGGUGCCAAGGCUGUGGAAGGGUGGUCUUCACCUGGGGUACUUUCCCUAACUGCUUAGAGACUGCUGCCUCCGGUGGUUAGAGUUGUAUUUGUAUACUCACCUGUGGUUUGCUUUUUAAAAUGGAUUAAACCUCUUUUUUUUUUUUUUUUGGAUACCUAUUUAAAGAGAAGCGCACAGUAACGGCUACUUAAAUACAUUUUUUUAGACUCGUAACGAGCAACGUGGUCGGUCUCAAAUGUUUCCCUGGAGUGAAGCUGUAACGGGGGAACUGAAGGCUGAACAUUAAAAACGAGCGUUCAGAC